AUGAGUGUUAUACGCGGUAAGUGAUGAAAUAACUAAUAUUUCCAUAGCAGAAAAGCUAAACAAGCAAACUGCAUAUAAUUUUAAUCUUCAAUAUAUUUAUUAAUUAAACUAUUAAGGUCAUGUUUUCAUGAAUACCAGAGUUAAGAGAUGUCUGCAACCGGAAUCUUCACGGCCCAUUGAAGGGACCAAGAUCAUUCAUACCUCAAACUGCAGAGAUUCCUCGGCGUUCUUUAAAGUUCUAGAUAGUGGAGCUAUACAACAUGUCAAAAGUGGUCUAUGUAUUCAUUUAUCUGGUAACAGGUGGAACCCCAGAAAUAGAGAGAAAGCAAUUCUCAAACGAGGUAAUCCUGAUGACUUUAAUUUGAUUUAAUUUUUUUGCCAGAAACCAUUUCAGGCAAAGAAAAUGCUUGACAUAAUUCCAUGAUAGAAAAGACAUGGAAACCCAUGCAUGCAGAAAUAAGGUGAUUGGAUUGUUGACGAUAUCGCUGCAUGGAUUACUACCGACACUGGUACAGACAGUUUUAUUAAAAAUAACAAACCAUAUAUAUAUAUAUAUAUAUAUAUAUAUAUAUAUAUAUAUAUAUAUAUAUAUAUAUAUAUAUAUAUAUAUAUAUAUAUAAAUAGGACGUGCAGAAGAAUAUGCUUCAGUUGAAUGAAUGUCAGAUCAAUAAAUGUUUAGAAAUUAAAUUGGAAAUUAAAUUUCUAAUUCGUGUUUCUAAUUAUAAGAAUAAAAUAUUAUAGAACUGAGCGAGUACUUUGUAAAAUGUAGGGAUAACCUGGAUCUGUGCCUGUGGUAAUAUUAAUUAUCUCAAUGUUAAGAAAUUUGAAACCCAAACAAACGAAAUACUAGAUACUUAUACACAAUAUUAUUGUUAUAAAUUAGAAAGGAUGAUAAUUUCCCAUGCAUUAGCUAUAUAAUUAUCUAACCUUUCCUCAUUGCGCUCGGAUCGAGGCUUGUUUCCUUAAAGUGGAAGUCAAGUCCGUAAUGUAAACAAACGGUUUGUUUACAUUUUGAACUGCUGUAUUUUUUAAAAUAUGAUGUAGGCUACUGUCUGAAUAUCUAACACCAUUUUGGUUCGCUGUGCUUCUAAAUGAAUAUGAAAUAGAGUUUAUGUUCAGAAAAAUUCGAAACAUUCGAAAUUUGCAUGGGCAAUGUUCACAUUAAAGGGUCCUCACAUUGUUAUGAGCAGAACCGAUGCGCAGAACAGACUUGACUUCCACUUUAACAACGAUAUAUAAAUAAUUAUUAUAUGAUAGUAAAUGUCGGAAAGCAUGAAAUUGUAUCUAUAACUGUUUUUUUAAUUUUCCUACUUUAAUUUUCCUAUUUAACAGUUCUUAGUCUGUUUUUUAAAAAUUACCACAUGUAAUAAUGAUAUAUACACAUGCAAUAUUUUUUAAAGUCGUUCAAUAUCUUGAGUUCAUAUUAAUUUUUCACCAAAUCCCUGAAAGUUCUUUGUCUGAUAAUAAUACAUAACAUGCUACAAUUUCUAAUAAUUUAACGGUAUCGAUAUUUUUUAAUUAACUCAUUCUUUGUUUAGAUUGUUCUGCUCAGAAAUUCUUUUUCACGUAUACCGGGAAGAGUUUCAAAAUAAGGAAUAAAUGUCUCCGUCCUUUGAGUAUCAGAAAGCCUGAAAGCAGUCCAUUGAUUAUUUACUCCGGGUGUAACACUUAUGAAUCCACAUACAGCUUUGUUGAUAUCGUAAAAGGUAUACAUUAUCACCGCCACCAUUAUCAUCAUCAUCGUCAUUAUUGUCAUUUUGCUUGCAUGGAGGAGAUGAAUUAUAUUACUUCAUCUUUUAAAAGCUUCUGUGUCCUUUAUUAACAUUCUCACUGCAACGUUGUGUUCUUCGUUUUUUCCAUAAAUUCCAUAUUUAAGACCAAGUAUAUUUAAAAGUAUAUUUAACCUUUUGCUUCGUUUUCCUUGGGUAAACAACCACCGCUUUGUUGGGUUACAUUGUACAAGCAUUUGGUGAAGGCAAAUAAUGCAUUUAAUGCCUUCUAUAGCUGCGUAGCGAUGGUUCAAUUUCGCAAGCCAGGCUCUCUACUUCCACUUCCCUCCCAAACACGCUUUUUGCUCGAACGUGUUUAAGAGGGAAGCGGAAGUAAAGAACCUGGCUUGCGAGGUUGGCGACGGUUCAGCUAGCCAAUGGCACAAGUAUAUUUUGCUACACUGAAUUUUUUAUCGAAAUCCUGGUACAAUUGUUUAGAUUCUGUUUCAAACAAAAAAACUGUUUGGAUGCCAUAUGACACAGUGUUUCUACACUCUUAUAUAGAAGCUCUUAAAAACUCGCUUAAACGCUGUUUGACUGAGACGAAUGAUGUUGGAAUACUGUUUAUUAAUUUUGAAACAAUGUCCGAACGCUCUUGUACUGACAAGCGUUUAAACGCCAUGCAGUUUGAGUUGUUUUUAAAGGCUGUUCGAACGCUGUAGAAUAAUGUUUGGACACUGAUACUCUAUACACGCGUUUAAAAGCUAGGCCUUUGCAUGGGUUCACGGUGUUGGAAUGUUGUUUAUUAUUUAAAAGGGUGCUCGAUUGUUCUUUGAAUGGUGUAUGAGUAUCAACCAAAUGAAAAAAAUAUUGAUUCAUAUUUCAAACCAUUAAUUUAAACAUUCAUGUUAACAAUAUAUAACAAUCCCUUUACUCAAUGUGUACACCUUUGCUAAUUGUUUAAUAAAUCCAUACUCCACAGGUUGUGAUUUGGAUUGCUUGGAGAACAUUAAAAGUGAAAAAGAAAAUACAAAUUCAUUUGACGAGUUCUACAAGAUGUCGGAAGCAGAAGCCAAAUCGUUAGUUUCUAAGUCUUCAAAAUUUAUCUCUACAUUGAAAAAAGAAGUACCUCAUUUGUACAAGGACUUGCUUUCCACCUUCUUCCCUAUUGAUCCAAAAGUCGUUGAGAAUCUGGAAACAUUGGUCAAUCAUUUUGGCAUGGAAAAAGUGAAAGCUUACCCGUCGCUAUUUCUGGCUACUGCUUUCAUUAGACGACAUAUAGGAGUGAAUGCAAGUGAACCUGCUGUUUGUGGAGGUACCAAUUGUGUCGUCAUUUAAAAACUAUUUAUAAAUUAAUAGCAAUGAAGUAUUUAUAAAAGAGUCAUUCAUUUUACCACCAGGUACUGGGCACAGCAUUGCUGGAGUUCCUGCAAUUGAUGAAGAAGAUGCAGAAUACAAACUAAGUUUAAGUGAAAGUGAAUUAGCGUCACUUUUAGAUGAUGAGGACUACAAAGCACAGCAAGCAAUUGACAAGGAAAGAGAGAAAGACGAAAAGACCGUAAGUAUAAAUGAUGACGACAAAAUUCGAAUUAUUGAUUCACAGACUCCGUGUGUCAAUGCAAACUGUAUGUUUACGCCGAAUUGUAAAAGACACUUUCAAUGUUCCACUAGAAACGGCAUAAUCAGACUAUUUCUUCUUUCCAAUUUCCCUUUCAGUUCAGGGUUUGAGCCUUCAUAUAUGUGUCGUUUUCAUGCAAGUUGCAUCAUCUCAAUUUCUUCCAUAAUAUCUUAGAUCCAUCAUUCUAUCUUUUGUCUUGAGUCUCUUGACCUUUUAUCUUUUGUCCUUAUCUGAGGCUCUCUAUUUUUUUCUUCUUAUUCCUCCUCCGUAUCUCUCUACCGCUUACAGGUUCUUUACAGCACUCGUGCAUACCUGGUUUUCUAUCACUCAAUCUAAUCAACUGUCGGAACCGCGUCAUUCUUGCCUGUUUUUACUUUCUUGCCAAUGAUUUCUACUCCCGUGCUUUUUCUAACCUCCUCAUUUGUGAGAUGUUCUCCAGGGGAUAUUCUUCAUAUCCAUCAUAGCAUUCGGAGUUCAGUACUCACUCAGGUAACUGAAACAUACUACACUCGAUCAGUACUGCUUUUGUCUACAGUAGAUUCUACACAAUUUUAUAAAUAGGUAUCAUUUUCAGCUCCAAUUUUAGUAAAAUAUCUACCAGGGGAAAUAGUAAUUAAUACAAAUCACAAAAAUAAUAAUAGGCCUACAAUUAGUUAACAAAAUUUUGUCAAAUUAACUUUGGUAUAUUGUGACUCUUAGCACCUGCAUGCAGCAGUUGUUAUCGGACAACUUGUUCAACAGACACCGCCGUACUACUAGUUUAAUGUAGAUUGAAAUCAUUAUUUCAGGGCAAAAACACAGACGAAUUUCGAGUUAGUGCAGUGCAGAAACUUAUUGAUCGCUUAGAUGGAAAAUACCAUCACAAAUUCUGGACUCAGGAAAGUUUGAAAGUUGCAAUGGACUUGUGCGGAUUCACUGACCCAAGUGAAAUAAAAUUUCCGCCCCGUGGUGAUGGUAUGUCUGGCAUUGAAUAUUUAGAGUAUUAUUUCUCGAGAGAUCCAGAAUUACUUCCUGAAGAAAAUUUAAAGUUUCCAUGGCCACUUGCCAUUGCCUUGAAUAUUCAAACCUCUCUACGACAGUGCAACUGGAUCUGGCGUCGUCUGGAAAAUGGAGAAAGAAUUGUUCGUUAUAGCAAGUAUGUAUAAACAGCAUAACAUUUGCUAUUAUAAUGUAGCAUUUGUAAAUUCUGAACGCUGAUUGGCUAAGAGCCGUGUUGAUAUAACUCAAUGUCAACACGGAAACAUCGAAAAAUUCUUUUUUUAUGUUUCUUUGUGCUAUAUUAUAAAACAAAUAUAAAACUUUUUUCCGUGCAUUGAUAUAUAGUUAUAUCAACACUCGUGGAAAUUGGGAAAACUCGAAAUUGUGUGUUAGAUUGAAACGCAGCAAAAUUUGAUGAGACAUCACAUGUGAUAUUAGUUUCUUAUCCAAUCUUUUGUUCGUUAUUUAUUAUUGACUGUUGUAGCUAUAUUUAUGCGAAAGUUUGUAGUUCAACCGUUGUUACAGAACGGUUAUAUAUUGUGUAAUAGCAUAGUUGCCCGGGUUUCUUUUGUUUCAACAGGUACCAUUACUAACUAAUCGCCCGCUGUAGUGGGCGAUUAGUUCUAAUCGCCCGCUAGAGCGGGCGAUUAGAACUAAUCGCCCGUUACCAAGGGUCACACCUUUGUCUCCCUGACGACUACGCAUUAGGCAAGUGCCUCACGCACAUAAUCGUGCAAGGAACAGCAACAGUUAGCUCAGAGCCGUCAAUAGUCUAUCAUCCGAUCCCUGAGUUGCCGCAUCAUUUAAAUUACGGACGUGCAGUCUCCAAUUUUAUACUAAUAUAUUUAGCGUUUUUGUUGUGGUACGUUAAAUGAUAGAUUGCGCAUGCGUAACCGAUUAAAGCGUAAAAAGUGCGCAUGUGCAACAAGCUUUUACAUUCCACAAGCAAUGAAGCAAAUGUUUUAGCUUAAAUACGCUGAUUCCAAGUAGGGCAUGUUUGUCCAUUUUUAAAUGGGAGCGCAACUAUGCUAUUACAAACUAAUAGCAUGGCUUUUCGGGAGAUUAGUGAUUAAAUGACCCCUCACCCUCGGCAGGUUUGCGGAAUUCCCUCGGGCUUCGCCCUCGGGAAUUCCGCAAACCUGCCUCGGGUUACGGGGCCAUUUAAUCACUAAUCUCCCUCAAGCCAUGCUAUUACUUAUAAUUAAAAAUAUUUUGACUUUGUUGGUUUUAUUUCGACUUUUUGCUAUCGACUCUCGACUUUUUGCUGUCGACUCUCGACUUUUACUCUCGACCUAUACUCUCGACCCUCGACUGUUAGAUACACUCCCGAACAUCGAACAACGAUCAUUGAUGAACUUUAGACUUCGCUGAUCCUUUCCUUUCCCCGGGGGUAAAUAGCCGGGUACCCUCGCCCCGGCUCGGGGAUUAUGAUAAAUAUAACUGUAAAGCACAUUAAUAUGACUGUAAAGAUGGUGAUACUGGAUACCUGGACAACUAAAUUGAUCCAUUCCUAGAAUAUAAUCAAAGUUCUAGGACUACAGGUAAAAAUUAAUUUACUUCAAGUAAUGAUUUAUUAGUAUGAAAGACCUCAAAUCUGGACCAGACGGGAAUUCGUGCAAGCCCUUGAUGUUUGUUCCUGUCCAGACCUCAUUUUCGGAUUUGAAAAAAUAUACAUGUACCUUGUGAAUCUGGGGAACGUUAUAAACACUCUUCCAAUUAUAGGUCAUCUCACUCCGAGAUGUCUAUUUAAAAGUACAAAAGUCGUUUUUUCUUACUUAGAUAUACAUUUAAUUACAACCUCAAGGAAGUAAAAUGCAAGCCGAGCGAUUGGAACAUAUGUGCAAUCCCCCGUAUCAUUGAAGAUGGUGGUGUAUGUGGAAGACAGUCAACUUUAGCUCGAGUUACAAACCAUUGUCUUGGGAUUGCCUCUGGUGGAAUAAAACAACCUGCUCAUGCAGCUGGCUACACUUACACAAAGUCUAAUGACGGUUACAGAUUUAAAAUAUUUCAAGGAAUAACCAACAUAAUGAACACGUACGCUAUGUGGAAAUUGACUGAUGAUGCCAUAAAGUCUGGACAGAAAAUUAACGCAGAAUACCAUCACGGACUAACACGUGCCAUAAACCAUGGGCAUGAAUCAUAUCGAAAUGGUCGUAUCGCAUUGUUGAUUUUCUCUCGUAUUUACGAUGCUGAACUACGUCAGAACUCACGUGAUCUGCUGGUCGAAGCUUUGGAAGGUAACCCACACAUGAUGGAUAUCUGGAUGAAGUUGAUUCAUGACGUCACCGGAAGCAAUGAUAUACCAGUUGAAAGCCAGAAUGUGUUCAAACGAAUUCCUUCAAAAUGUGCACAAGGUCUCGAUGAUUCUCUCAGGAAUCGAGUCGAAGUUCUUGUGAAGGAACACUUAACCUCUUAUAUGCAAAUGUAUUUGGAAGUUUUGCUCAGAUUACUCGCACCACCGUCGUGCUGUUCAAUUGACCAGCCAGUGUAUUUAGAUAUUCUCAGGUCUUCUUGGAAAAAAGAGAAAAGACAACUGGUCAAAGAAUAUCUGUUUGAUGCUUAUGUUUCUUGUGCCUCAAAAUCGGCUGGUAUACCGGAAUUUGUCGGUAUUGUUCAACAGCAUGUCGUCUCGCCAAUUAAUACAAAAUUACUAGAAUUAGAUACAUUCUCAGAACUCUUAAAUUCCUUAUCUACAUUGCUCAAUUCAAGAAGUGCCACAGAAGUCGAGGAAAAUCAAAGUUUGUUACUUGGUUUCUUUACUGCCGUGUGUGACGUACUUCCAAGAUUCCACGUGACUGCGUCAGCUUGGGUUAUUGCUCCUCACUAUCGCACAUGCGUCGAAGCACAACUGAGGUUUCUGGAGACGUAUGUCCCUGAAUUAUAUGAAAACGUGUUUGACGAGUGGAGCACGCUUCAAGAUAAGUCUGCAAAACCAAGGGACAUCUGGAAUGAAUUCUUCAUGAAAGACUGGCUGUAUGGACGAAGUGGAGAUAUUAUUCCUCUGCUGGUGGGAGUAAAGGAAAGUGUUGGUGGAGGAUUGAUACGUGAAAUAAAAGGUAUACAUAGUUGA